UGUGUGGACAGCCCAGCCGCGCUCUGCCCACUUUGGUCAAGAGGAUAAUCGGCGGGAGAAACGCAGAGCCUGGUUUUUUCCCCUGGCAAGCUCUGAUCGUGGUGGAGGACACUUCGCGGGUGCCUAACGAACGGUGGUUCGGGAGCGGGGCCCUCCUCUCCGAGUCGUGGGUCUUGACCGCCGCCCACGUCCUCCGCUCCCAGCGACGGGACAACACCCUGAUCGCCGUCUCCAAAGAGCACGUCAACGUCUACCUGGGCCUUCACGACGUCCGGAACAAAAUCGACGCGGUCAACCGGACGGUGGAGAAGAUCAUCCUCCAUGAAUCCUUCGACAUCCAGAAUUACAACCACGACAUCGCGUUGGUCAAGCUGAAGGAGAAGGUGGCCAUGGGGCCUUACAUCAUGCCGGUUUGCCUCCCCCAGGAUCCACACGAAUUAGGGGGACCUCAAGCCAACACGCUGGGCUUGGUGGCCGGUUGGGGUAUCUCCAACCCCAACGUCACGGUGGACGAGGUGAUCAGUUCUGGGAUGCAGACCUUGUCGGACGUCCUCCAGUACGUGAAGCUACCUGUGGUCCUCCACGCGGAGUGCAAGACCAGUUAUGAGUCCAGAUCUGGCAACUACAGCGUGACGGAGAAUAUGUUCUGCGCCGGUUAUUACGAAGGAGGGAAGGACACCUGUCUUGGGGACAGCGGCGGUGCGUUUGUCAUCCGAGACCUGGACAAUCGGCGGUGGGUGGCCCAAGGAUUGGUCUCCUGGGGUGGACCAGAAGAAUGCGGCAGCAAGCAAGUCUACGGGGUAUACACCAAGGUAUCCAACUAUGUUGACUGGCUGCAGGAGAAGACAGAGUGGACAUUCCUGAAUUCCAGUCUGGAGAAGAGAUGAAUUGCGCUCAACCCAAGGACUGAACCUGUGUUUGAAGGACGUCAAGCAAGCUCAGCGACAUUCCAAGUUCUUUGAGGGCAUUCUGGACAGGGAGGAAGAUCUGGAGAUCUUUCCUCCUUGCAUGGAAUUUCAGACACUCCAACUGUAAGAAGAAGAAGCAACAUUACCCCAUUGCCACCAGGCGAACGCCAGAAAGUGUGGUUGGCACGCAUUGAAUGGCGCCCAUGGCAUCGUUUAAAACUUUCUUCCCAGCUUUUCGGUGUUGGCAAAGGGACAACUUAAAGAUGCGCUGAAUUUUGUCAUUUUGUAGACAAGGGAAACUUAAGACGGGUGAUUCAAGAUGGGCUAAGACAGAGGUCUUCAAACUUGGCAACUUUAAGACUUGUGGACUUCAAUUCCCAGAAGUUGAAUUCUGGGAGCUGAAGUCCUCAAGUCCAAUUGAGUUGAAGUCAACUCAAUUCUGGGAGUUGAAGUCCCAGAAGUCUCAAUUCUGGGAGUUGAAGUCUGGGAGCUGAAGUCCUCAAGUUCAAUUGAGUUGAAGUCAACUCAAUUCUGGGAGUUGAAGUCCCAGAAGUCUCAAUUCUGGGAGUUGAAUUCUGGGAGCUGAAGUCCUCAAGUCCAAUUGGGUUGAAGUCAACUCAGCUCUGGGAGUUGAAGUCCCAGAAGUGUCAAUUCUGGGAGUUGAAUUCUGGGAGCUGAAGUCCUCAAGUUCAAUUGAGUUGAAGUCAACUCAAUUCUGGGAGUUGAAGUCCCAGAAGUCUCAAUUCUGGGAGUUGAAUUCUGGGAGCUGAAGUCCUCAAGUCCAAUUGAGUUGAAGUC